UUCUAGAAAGAGGGCUGGGUUUUGAGGUGGAAUCUGAGCAGAAUUUCACAAAGCGCUUUUAGGGGCUGUGAAAACAAACAGCUAAAGCCCAUUUGGAAGGCCUGACCAACCUCCACCCCCACCCCCCAGUAUCCCCUAGGAAGCGCGGAGUUGUUGCAAAGUGAGAUAAAGCGGCCGGAAUCCUCGCAGUGAGGUUUUAAUGGACACGCUAGGGCGACGGAACUUUCCUGGACCAGAACCCGGGGGCCACCGAAGGUUCUCGACAGACUGGAGUGGCCGCGUCCAGCGGGCCGGGCGCGCUGCCGGGGUCCCAUGGAGCUGGAGGGGCAGUGGUGGCGAGGACAGCUGGCUGCAGACAUCCACCAGGCGCUUCGGUACAAGGAGCUGAAGUUGCCCUCUUACAAAGGCCAGUCCCCUCAACUGAGUCUCAGGCGGUAUUUUGCUGACUUGAUUGCCAUUGUGAGCAACCGCUUCACACUCUGCCCUUCUGCUCGACAUCUUGCCGUCUAUUUGCUGGACCUGUUUAUGGAUCGCUAUGACAUCUCUAUCCAGCAACUGCAUUUAGUUGCACUUUCCUGUCUGCUUCUAGCAAGUAAAUUUGAAGAAAAAGAAGAUAGUGUGCCUAAGUUGGAGCAGCUCAACAGCCUGGGUUGUAUGACUAAUAUGAAUCUAGUGCUGACAAAGCAAAAUUUGCUGCAUAUGGAACUAUUAUUAUUAGAAACCUUUCAGUGGAACCUCUGCCUUCCAACAGCUGCCCAUUUCAUUGAGUAUUAUCUCUCUGAAGCAGUACAUGAAACAGAUCUUCAUGAUGGCUGGCCAAUGAUUUGCUUAGAAAAAACUAAACUCUACAUGGCCAAGUAUGCAGAUUACUUUCUGGAAGUGUCUCUACAAGAUUAUGCCUUUCUAAAUUAUGCACCUUCUUUAGUAGCUGCUGCAUGUGUGGCUUCUUCGAGGAUUAUACUUCGUCUUUCUCCAGCGUGGCCUACAAGACUGCAUCGUCUUACUGCUUAUUCCUGGGAUUUCUUAGUGCAGUGUAUUGAGCGGCUAUUGAUUGCUCACGAUAAUGACGUGAAAGAAGCAAACAAACAGAGAGGACAGACAGGUUCUCAGUCAGCACAGCUGGGUGUGUUCCAGACAACCUCCCACCCCUCGCGGCCAGUUCACUUUCAGCAACCUCAGUAUCUUCACCAGACCUCCCUACAGUAUCGCCAUCCUGUAUCAGAACCACCAAGCUGCCCGCAGAUUGUCUCUACUACACACACCUCAUCUUACACACUACAGACAUGUCCUGCUGGCUUUCAAACUAGUGUUCAAAGCCUUGGGCACAUGCAGACUGGUGUGGGGAUGUCCCUGGCAAUACCAGUGGAAGUUAAGCCCUGUCUGAGCGUUUCCUAUAACCGGAGCUAUCAAGUAAAUGAACAUUACCCAUGUAUUACUCCAUGUUUUGAGAGGUGAUUAUUUGUAUGGGUUAUAACUGACCCAGACUAUUUUGUGACUUGUAGCUCUCAGGCAAGCUUUUUGUAAACCACUCUUCAGAAGGAAAAGGGAUCCAAAUAACACCACAACUCUUCAGGUACCAGCACCAGAAGACUUUCGAUACACCAUUAAUACCUAGGAGGACUAAGCCAACCCUCUAACAGUGUGCAUGUCAAAUCCUGUUACAACAAAUCCCUGUGUGACAAAAAUACUGAAGUCCUGGCGGGUGAUCUAAAUAUUUCAAAACGCUCCACACAGCAGAAAAUUUGGACAGACUCAAUUUGCCAUUUUGAGAUUUACCUGUGGUAGGCUUUGGACCUUAUUGUGGCAUAUAUGUCAAAGACUCGUGUUUAUCUGUGGACUUGCCAACACUGUCUUUUAUGAAGGAACGUUACAGUAUUAAUUUUUGAACAUAUCUUUUUUUAAUUCCGGAGUUUUGAGUUUUAUUUUUGACCUACAGGUGGGUUUCUAACUAAAUAUACUCAUGAAUUGCUAAGUAUACUAAUCCAUGCAGUUAAAAAAACCCAGAUUAAUCUAUAUAACUUCUUAUCAUAAAUAAUAUAGGCAUCUGGAUUUAUGUACUAAAAUUAGGGGUGAAGCAGAUAUUUUAUCUUGAAAUCAUAAGAAUUUUUGUUUUCUGUUUUUUUGUUGUUGUUUCCACUAAGUGAUCAGCCACAAAUAUGUAGAAUUAAAACACAUAACUCAGGGAAUUUCUACUACUUGGAAAUACUUAACUGUAAUUCAACAUGCUUUGGGAAUGUUAUAGUGUGAACUACCUUUAUAUCAUAGGCUACAAUACUCAUGCUAGGAUGUGUUUUUGAUUGAGAACAUAAUACUGUGCCACAGAAUAAAUGAAGUGGUUCAUAGUACAUAUAUAGAUUUUGCAUUACUCAGUGCAAUCAGUGUCUUGUAUUCAGAUUUGUUACUACUCUCUUAAAAGUUUUCUCAAGGAAAGGCAUAACUAAAAUAUCAGAGCUGGAAUAAAGUCCAGUAGGUUUACUGUGGAGUGGAGGAUAUCCAGGGUAGUACUCAGGUUGGGGUAAUACAGCACUUUGUUAUGAGGAGGAUGGUUUUGUAAACAACUUUAGAUUCCAGCUAGUUAGUGUACACAAGCAAGGGUACUGCUUACAAAAUGUAUUUGGUCAUUUUCAUUAGGUUGGCCCCACAACUGCCCUGGAACAUUUCAUUAUGUUGGUAGUGAAUGAGAACAGCAAUAAUUGUCAUUACAGCAAGAGCGACUUGGGCAUGAAACAUUUGGAGAGAAUAAACUUAAAAAGUGAAAAAUGUAAUAACUGAUAAACUGUAUGCAUUGUGCUCUUAUCCAUGGGGAAAGAGAGAUUUGCUGGAGGGAAACUUUCUGGUUUAAAAACUAGUAAGGUGUAUCUGUAUAUGUGUUUUUUUUUUUUUAUGGCACUUGAAAUAGAAGGGAAUCUGUGUGGCAGAUACGUGACUGCUACAGUGUGUAUUGAAGAAAACUUAUUGUUAUAAAGAUAGGGGUUUGCAGCAGGAGUCUCAGUAAUCAAGCCAAUAGCCUUCAUGAGGAAGGGAUGGGGUUCCCACAGAUGAAUGUUGCUGGGUGGAUUCUGCCAGCGUGAAUUCUUGAAGAAAUGUCCUUUCCUUAAAAGGAAAAUACCUUUAUCUUUAGAGUACAUAGGAUAUCAUGUGGAAUUACUGUCUGUCAAAUGAAACAAGAAAGCCACUCAGGUAAGAACUCUGCAUUUUCAAGCAUUAAAAUUGUUUUCUUAACAUAUCAUUUUUCUUCUUUAAAAAGGCUGCUAAUUGGAUUUUAGUCAUUCUUAACCUUAGUAAAACUUGAAUUAUUGGGGUCAAAGUAGGUUCAAAAAAUAAUGUAUCUUUCACAUUCACAAAUAGACCCAGCAUCCUGGAGUCCAGUUUUCAGUAUUCUAACUACCUCAGUAUUACUAUGAAUGUAAGAUAAUGGGAUCAAGGUCCUAACUUGAAACAACAACCAGUGCCUAUGGUAACUUAAUGUCUUGUCAGUGCUUUUAUUGAUUGGGUAUAUGUCAUUCUUGUGAUAGAAGAAUAUUUGCCUUUUUACAAAGCUUAUUAACACUUUUCCAAUUUAUAUUUAAAAAGCUAAAGAACACUGGAUGAAUCUUUUUUGGGGGAAGAAGAAAAUAAUUGAUUACUCUUGCUGCAUACCUGGGGGGUGGCUGGAGAAACAGCUUUUUUAAUGCAUUAGGUUUCAGUAUAAAUAUAACUCAACAACUGUUAGCUUUUGGGAGUGGGGGGAAUUGUGUGGAUUUUGUUAUAAUUUAUUGGUUAGUCUUUAAAGUUUUUUUUCUUUUGAUAUUACCAGACCAUCAUUAAAUAUGUACUGUGAAGAGAUUAAUAAUGUAUAAAGGACUUUACUCAAGUCCAUUAAAUAAACACUAUUCAAAUACAAACUGCAAACCAAAAUAUAUCUGUGCUGUGACAUUAAUUGCAAAUAGUGAGUAUGGUGCUAAAGUCUACACAGUGGAAUUAGAUGA